GUGUCCUGUGUCUAAACUCUUGAGGGGCGAGGGCCGGGCGCCGAGUGAGUAAGAGCGAGCAGCUCGUCUGUGUCGCACUCGGCUAAUUGACGGCGUCGACGGUGUUCGAUUAUUCAUUUCCUUCUAAAGAUGGUCCGGCCACAUUUUGGACCACCACGUCUGAAGCCAAGACCUUAUGGAGAUGGUCAUGGUAUUGGUCCACAUGAAGGCAAUUACAACCCAAACUCAAAGAAUCGUAGAGAUGUACAGGGCGACUGCCCAGGAAAGGCCCCUUUUCACUGGAGAGACUCCAGAGGUAGAGGACGACCCCCUAUUGUCAGAAGAGUCCCCCUAAUGGGAGAGCAGAGAGAGCCACGUUUCAAUCAUAGGAGGUCCCCGAAUCAUGAUAACUUUCAAUCAUAUCCUCCCAAAAUGGAAUCACACCACAGCCAGAGGAGGUCUUCACCAUCUAGACCAAACCGCCCCCCCCAUGUCCAACAUCAGUCAUCUUCUCGCAGUCCUGCGCAAGGAUCCCAGAAUCAUAGAGGUCCACCUUUCCAUGGCCACCCUUCAGGUCACAGAUCACCCUCCCCAAGACAGUUUCACAACCACCCAGCUGACAGGAGGCCAGGCUCAGCACCACCCUAUCGGGGGUCUUUCAGGGGCCAUAAAAGGCAGCCAGGUUUUCAGCAUCAGGAGCAACGGAGUCGUGAACCUCGAGGGAAUUUCAGCCCCAGAGAAAGGCCCUAUGAGCACUCGGGUCAUGGCAUGAAAUGCUGGAAUGAGGCUGGAUCGUUCUCUCAUCCACAAAAUGGAGAACACGGACCCUCUGGGGGCCCCAGAGAGAUGCAUGGGAGAGGCUCGAUGCCAGAGAGGUGGUCAUCUGAGCAAGACUCCAGGCGGCAGCGUGGCCCAGGAGAGAGGCAGGCCAGCAGAUCCCACAGUAGAGAGAGGGCACAAGAUGUCCUUCACCUGCCCUCUUUCAGAUCCCCCUCAUGGAAGGGAGGUCCAUCACCUUCAUCCUCCUACCACAGGAGCCCACAGGAGAGGCAAGUGGCAGGACCCCACAAGAGGAGGAUAUCCGAGAUCAGCAUGCCCUCCUCAGACCAUUCACUGGAGCUUGGCAAUCCAAAACACCCCAGGAGAGGGAGACCCCAGCUGCUCAGUAUUCCCAGGCCAUUUGGUGGUAAACCUAUGUCUUUUAGGGAUAAACCUUACCAGGCGAGGAGUGGACAAGUCCAAGCGGAGUCUCUCAUGAGACUGAGAAUACCCCCAUCUGUAAAACCCAGGCCUCGCCUGGGCGACCCUGCAUCACGGGGAAAUAUCAGCUCUGUUCUCGCUAUCAGGAAGAAACGCUUCCAGUCAAAUUCAUCUCCCCUGAAAAAGCUGGAAUCAAGGAGUUCAGAACAGUCACCCUCAAGAGAAGAAAGCAGUACCAGCAAGUCUUCAAGAGACUCUGAUACAAGCAAAGAACAGGUGGAGUCUCGCCGGUCCUUAAACACUCACAGAUCUUCUCCCAUAGAGAAACGUGACCUGGUAGUCUUGUCCCACUGGCCACCUGGGCCGAGCACCUCCUCAAAGGACGACUCGUCUCCGAAAGCUUAUAGUCCAAAACCAAAGACCGAACACUGUUCAGAUGAUGAUACUGCAGCAAACAGCAGACUGUCAAGGAUGAAUGACUCCAGAUCAUCACCCGAAGACCGAAAACGGGACUAUUUGGAUAAGAGGAUGUUCAGGCCAUUUAAUAAUAUGAUGCAGGACAACCACAGGCCUUGGAGGCCAUUCAGAAGACCAGGACCAGGACCCAGACCUGGACCUGGACCCGGACCCGGACCUAUGCAGAGACCAAGGUUCACUGGUGGUCCGAGGAAUAUGGCCCCUGAUCUGUCUGGAAAUGUUAGAAGACCGCUCAUGGAGAGCUUAGUGCCACGUCCCUUUCCAAAGAGACCGGUGUUCAGAAAAACUCAUAGCAUCAUGUCCAAAUACCGCACCAUGAGAGUGAUGCGCCAGCGUCCCCCGUACAACCGAGGACCCAACCAGCCACGCUAGAGAUAUUCUCUGCACAGGCCUUGCAUUCUGCAGACACAGACUGAAAAAUCUCCAGAUGUUUGCUGCUGGGUGUACUGCACAAACUCCUUUCACUACAGUCCCAACCUGCCUAUAUAUCGUGAAAGUGCUGUUGCUUAACUUUGUUCUCUACUACAAGUGUUCAGUCGUACCUUUUUGAAGUACUGCAGUGCUUUUUUUUUUUUAUAUUUGGACAUUGUAACAUGAUCUUAAAUUAUGCUGUCCUUUUUUUUGUUUGUUUGUUUGUUUUUUUUGUUUUGUUUUUUCACUGCUUGUAAUCUUGGCAGUCUUUCUUUUCUUUUUUCUUUUUUAAAUUUUUUUUGUCGUUGCAACAGCAUUUGAUUUUAAGUCCAUAAAAUGUUUACUUUAAUAUAUCUUUUUUUUUUUUUUUUUUUUUUGUAAAGACUUAUCACAUGAGGAUUUUGAUUAGAACCCGCUGCUUGUCGAAUGGCGCAACUACUUGUAUAAUCCUGUUUAGUUUGUUGUUUGAGACUUGAAAUAAAACUGGACUUAACAAGC